AUGGCCUCCCCCGCGGUGAAUAAAGCUCCACCCAAGCUGGGAUCAAAAACAGCUACUCCCUCCAAGACCCGCAAGGGCUCCGGCUCCAGCACUGCCUCGAAGCCCAAUGUCACCGACAGUCCCAAGUCGUUGAAGAAGUCCUCCCACAAACUCUCGCCAAAGGCACCCCAACCGAUCGACGAUGAUGCCGAAGAACAAUCAGUCCCCGAGACCCCGUCGCCCAAGCCCAAGAAGAAGCCUGCCUCGUCCGAGCAGCGCCGGCCUGCCUCGCCGCCCGAUGAUACCGUCUCCGAAGCGUCAGGGUCCGCAGCUCCACUUGGUCGCGCGGCGUCCAGCGUGACGAGCAAGGCCAAAGGCGCUGCCGGUUCAGCGAAGGACACUAUCCAGAAAGGAGCCCAGGAAGCUACACAGUCCGUUCCUCUCGAUCUCUCGGCCCUGAAGGGCCUGGAGGUCGGUGAAGGUGGCAAGAUCUUUGGCAAGAGCGGCAACCCAGUGGGAGAGCUCGUGGAAGGGGACCCUGAAGACCUGAUUGGCCAGACGGUGGGCGAUGACGGCGAGAUCCUCGACGAAGACGGCGAUUUAAUCGGCCGUGUUGACGUUUUGGAUGGUGCCGUUGACGAGGCCCAGCAAAAGGUUCCCGAAGACGCUCAAGCCAAGGUGGACGAGGCCAAGGAGAAAGUGGUCACUGAUGUUGCUCAACUGGAGGGCCUGGAAGUCUCCGAUGGAGGUGUGAUUAAGAACUCCGUCGGCCAGGUUGUCGGCAAAAUUGUGGAGGGUGACCCGGAAGAUCUCAUUGGGUAUACCCUCAAUGAGGAAGGCGAGAUUGUCGAUGAAGACGGUGAUGCCAUUGGUCGCGCCGAGCUUAUUCCUGUGGAGGAACAAGAGAAAGCCAUUGAGGAGACGCUUGGAGGCGCCGCUGACCAGGCUAACGGAGCCAAGGAGGACUUGGAUGACAAUUUUGAGGACGCUCAGGACGGAUUGCCAGAGGAGAAGGCCAAGGAUGCUGCCCAUGGCGCCGAAGAGACCGCGGAGGGUGCCACUGAUGAUGCUGAACCUGCCGCUGAAGAUGCUGCCGAUGCAGUCCCGGAGGCCGAAGACGCAGUGGACGGCGCUAAGGGUACCGCAGAUAAUGCGGAAGGCGCUGUGGAUGAAGCGCAGGCCAAGGGCGAAGAUGCCGCCGAGGAGACGUCUCAGUACAUCCCCGAUCUCAAAACCCUCGAGGGCCUGACAUGCAACAAGCGCGGGUUUGUUAUUGACCAGGAUUCUGGUAAACCCGUUGGGGAGGUCAUUGAAGGAGAUCCAAAGAAACUUGCCAAACUCGGAGCUCAGCUCGAUGACAAUGGCCAGUUCUGGAACAACAAGGGCCAGGUGAUUGGCAAGGUGAAGGCCCUUCCGGUCCAAGAAGACGAUGACGAAGAGGGGCCUUUCUCAGGCCUUGAGGGCUUAAUCGUUUCCCAAGAUGGGUGGAUCAUUGAUGAAAACCAAAACCGCGUUGGCAAGCUCGUCGAAGGCGAUGCACAGAAACUCCUUGGUCGGGGUGUGGACGAGGAUGGCGAAAUCUUAGAUCGCCAUGGAUCGGUACUCGGCCGCGCGGAGCGAUACGAAGAGCCUGAACCCGAACCUGAGCCUACUGCUGAUCUAUCUAUCUUGGAUGGCCUGCACUGCAACAAAGCCGGGUAUGUCAUCGGCUCGGAAGGUUUCCCGAUCGCUCGUGUUGUCGAAGGCAACCCCAAGGAGCUCGCUGGCAAGAAGAUUCAAGAUGGCGAGAUCUAUGACGGCAAGAAGCUUCUCGGUCGCGUCGAGCUUAUUCCCGAGGAUGAGCGUGAGAGCAAACCCGAGGGCCCCUUUGCCGGCAUGGACAGCCUGGUCGUCAAUAAAGAGGGCUUCGUCGAAGACGACGAGGGAACCAUCGUUGGAAAGCUCGUUGAAGGUGAAGCCAAGAAGCUGCGUGGUCGCGCUGUUGAUGAGGAUGGCGAGAUUACCGAUAAAUAUGGCAACGUGAAGGGUCGUGCUGAGCCUUACGAGCCUCCUGAGGAAGAGGCCCCUGUCGAAGCUGACUUAUCAAUCCUUGAGGGCAAGGUCGUCAACAAGACAGGGAAGGUGGUCGAUCCAGCCACCGGUGCCGUGUUUGGACGCGUUGUGGAAGGGGACAAGCGCCUGGCAGGCCGCAAAGUCGAUGGCAAGGGACAGAUCUGGGGCGACGAUGGCCAAGACGGCGUUGUUGUGGAUGGUGAUCGCAUCAUUGGUCGUCUGAUCGAGGGUGAUGCAAAGCGUCUUCUUGGCCGCAAGGUCGACGAAGACGGUGAUGUUCUGGAUAAGAACGGCAACACCAUUGGCAAGGCCGAGCGAUGGGAACCAGAGGAGAAAGCACGCGAUGUGAACCCCAUGGCCGGUCGCAAGGUGACCAAGGAAGGUGAAGUGCGAGAUGCCGACGGCAACCUGAUUGGCAAGCUUACCUCUGGGAACUUGGCCACUCUCGUCGGUAAGGCCAUUGACGACAACGGUUAUGUGGUCGACAACGACGGCAACAAGAUCGGUGAAUGCACCUUGCUGGAGAACAUCCCAGAGCCCGAGCCCGAGCAAGAGGAAGGUCCGUCGCCGGAGGAGCUGGAAGCCCAGUCGAAGGCCAAGCAUGACCAGGAGCUGGCGGAUAAAAUGGCCAACAUUCUGCAGCAGACUCUCGACCAGGUCAAGCCUAUCUGCAACAUGAUCACCGAGAAACUCGAAAAGGCAGACCGGACCCCGAAGGAGGAACUCGAUGAGGAGAAGCUCGUCAAGGAUGUUAAGCCUCUCCUUGAAGAAGGUGGCCGCAUCUUGCAAGAAUGCAACGGCGCUAUCCGGGCUCUCGACCCCGACGGUCGCAUUGCGGCCACAGCCAAGGCUCGAGCUGCUUCGCGUGAUGCUACGCCUGAAGAGUACCACCUGGCAGAUUUGCUCAAGGAGCUGACUGAGACGGUGGUCAAGACCAUUGAUAAUGGCCGCAAGCGUCUCGCCGACAUGCCACACGCGAAGAAGAAGUUGAACCCCCCUCUGGGGCUUGCUCUCCGAGCCUCUGUUCCAGAUCAUUGCCGCUGUUGGGCUGCUCCUGAACGGUGUUCUCACCCUCGUUGGCCGUCUCCUGGAUGGUUUGGGCUUGGGUGGGUUGCUGAACGGGAUUCUCGGCGGCCUGGGCCUGGACAAGUUGAUCAGUGGCUUAGGGCUGGGUGGAUUGACCGAUGCCCUCGGCCUUGGGAAAUAAAAUUAGCAGCGUGGGUUGGAGAAGAUGUUCUGAAAGUGUAUUCUAUGUUGCUUUGGAGGGCUUGA